AUGUACAUACCAGUUAGUGAGCUCUUACUGAGCCCGACUCAUAGGUCGCUGGUAUUGGCUCUAUAUAAAUCAUUGUUACGCAAUAUAAGGCACCUUCCUGUUCCUCAUCAGACCUCGAAUCAAAUCGAGCAUCCUCAUCGAGAAAUAAAUAGAGAAUUGCAAAAACUUAGAAAUGACCCAGCAUCAUACCGAAAACUUUUGAAAACAGAACUUGAGUACUCCCUCCAGGAAGAGUUUAGGACGGGAGUGCCGCAUAAUCAAUUCAUUGGUGACAUUCUUUAUAAGAGACUCAAACGGGGGGUUGAUCUUGACGAAGCACUUCUGGCUGUGAAAGAAUCCAAUGAGGUGAAGAAUUGGUUAGUUUUACUAGAGAAAUUAGUUCAUUAUAGACUCAAGAGGUUCCGUGAUCAAGUAUGGAGAGGUCAGAACGUUGAAAAGAUGAGUAAGAUCAACGAAAGAAGAAAUCACAAUAAAUCCGGUCUCAGACAUGUAUCGAUAAAAGGGCCCAAUAAGAGACCAAAAAACUAUAAUAAGCUAAAUCCAAAUGAGAAAUUGGAUAGGCUCGCUUCCACCCUAGACGAAUCGAGGGCUAACUCGUGGAUGGUUCUUUGCCGAUUUUUAAAACUUUCACAACAACAGUCAUUAAUACCGAACCCAUUUCUUCUACCUAAUGUCACCCGAGAUUAUAAUGUUAAGACCGAUGAUUUGUUUUCACCUUCUCAGAUCUUACCUGGAUCGACGAAGAUGUCGAUCAUGAAGCAAGCAUAUGACAUGGAGUACGUUAAUGGUAUAAUCAAACCAAGUUUAGAGUAUGAUAUCAAUAAAAGACAUUAUCUUGAGAAACUACAACAAAUUGUUAAUGAAAAGGGCCCUCAGCUAGUGAGAGUUCGUAUGAAUACUGCAGGAGAGGUCGCAAUACCAAUAGUCAAUAUCCCAACUAACAACACUGAUAAACUACGGGAAAUAGCAUUGGAUACUAAAUGGCUGGUUGCAUUAUAUAAUACCGAGAGAGUUUGGAAUUCGCUGAGAAACGAAUCUUUAAGUAAAUGUGGUCAAAUAUUCCUGGACGGAAGUGUUGCAGUGAAGAGGAGUGGUGGUUUUGGCUUAGAUGAAAGAAUAUUCCCGAGAUGGUAUUACGAUGAUCUCGUUGAAGGUGAAGCAAUCUGGGAGUUCAUCAUUAAUAAAGCUGGGAAUGACCGGGUAAAAUCAAAUGACCAAAAAGAAUAUGAAUCAAUUUUACAAUCUUGGAUGGAACCACUUGAUAUUACACCUAUUGUCCUCAAAUCCAAAUUCAAUCAAUUGAGAAGUAGACAUUCUGAUCGAAAAACACUAAACCAGGCCCAAGAGGAAAACCAGCAUAAGCAAAAUUCCCAUUAUGAUUUGCAAGUGAGAAGACUCAAUGGAAUCACGGAUUCUCUAGAGAAAAAUCGAGUAUUCAAGCAUUCAGAAAUUGUUAACCCGGAUAAGGUUACUAAAACUUACAAUGAGUAUUUAGAAAAGGCAAAGACUCCAACCAAAAAAACAUUUCCUUCUGGAAUACCAGUUUUAGAACGAAUUGGUAUGGGUAAAACUUUGGGUGAUUACAUUGAUGAACAAGAUUAUCAUAAUUUCAAAUUUGGGAAAACCUUCAAACCAAGAUUCAAACUUUAA